AUGCUCAACAAGGAAGGGAUCAUUUUGGCCAACAGUUUGACAGGACCCAUCACGGAAGGGAAGGCAUUGCAGCAGGAGCAUGAAGUUGCUAUAGUAGUGAACUACCCACCCUCUGUGAUCACGGCCUGUCCUAAAUUGACAAAAGGCCAGCCACAUUCUGGGAGUGGUGACCAUUUGAAGAUCUGUUCCCAGGGAUAUACCUGCUGUUCUCAAGAGAUGGAAGAGAAGUACAGCCUGCAAAGUAAAGACGAUUUCAAAAGUGUGGUCAGUGAACAGUGCAAUCAUUUGCAAGCCAUCUUUGCAUCUCGUUACAAGAAGUUUGAUGAAUUCUUCAAAGAACUACUUGAGAAUGCAGAGAAAUCCCUGAAUGAUAUGUUUGUGAAGACAUAUGGCCACUUAUACAUGCAAAAUUCAGAGCUAUUUAAAGAUCUCUUCGUAGAGUUGAAGCGCUACUAUGUGGCGGGAAACGUGAACCUGGAAGAAAUGCUAAAUGACUUCUGGGCUCGCCUUCUGGAGCGCAUGUUCCGCCUGGUGAACUCUCAGUACCAUUUUACAGAUGAGUACCUGGAAUGUGUGAGCAAAUAUACAGAGCAGCUGAAGCCCUUUGGAGAUGUCCCUCGGAAACUGAAGCUCCAGGUUACGCGUGCCUUUGUUGCAGCCCGGACUUUUGCUCAAGGCUUAGCAGUUGCAAGGGAUGUAGUGAGCAAAGUCUCUGUGGUGAACCCCACAGCCCAGUGCACACAAGCCCUGCUGAAGAUGACCUACUGCUCCCACUGCCGGGGCCUGGUGACCGUGAAGCCCUGUUACAACUACUGCUCGAACAUCAUGAGAGGCUGUUUGGCCAACCAAGGAGACCUUGAUUUUGAGUGGAACAAUUUCAUAGAUGCCAUGCUGAUGGUGGCGGAGAGGCUGGAGGGCCCUUUCAACAUUGAGUCGGUUAUGGAUCCCAUCGAUGUGAAGAUUUCUGAUGCUAUCAUGAACAUGCAGGAUAAUAGUGUCCAAGUGUCUCAGAAGGUUUUCCAAGGCUGCGGGCCUCCCAAGCCUCUCCCAGCUGGACGAAUUUCUCGCUCCAUCUCUGAAAGUGCCUUCAGUGCUCGAUUCAGACCUUAUCAUCCAGAGCAACGCCCAACCACAGCAGCCGGCACUAGUUUGGACCGACUGGUUACUGAUGUCAAGGAGAAACUGAAGCAAGCUAAGAAGUUCUGGUCCUCUCUCCCAAGCACUGUUUGCAAUGAUGAGAAGAUGGCAGCAGGAAACGGCAAUGAGGAUGACUGCUGGAAUGGCAAGGGCAAAAGCAGGUACCUGUUUGCAGUGACAGGAAAUGGAUUAGCCAACCAGGGCAACAACCCAGAAGUCCAAGUUGACACCAGCAAACCAGACAUACUGAUCCUUCGUCAAAUCAUGGCUCUUCGGGUUAUGACCAGCAAAAUGAAGAAUGCUUACAAUGGAAAUGAUGUGGACUUCUUUGAUAUCAGUGAUGAAAGUAGCGGGGAAGGAAGUGGAAGUGGAUGCGAGUAUCAGCAGUGCCCUUCUGAGUUUGAGUACAAUGCCACUGAGCAUUCUGGGAAGAGUGCCAACGAGAAAGCCGGCAGUGCUGGUGCCCAGGCAGAGGCCGAGCCCUACCUCCUCACUGUCCUCUGCCUCUUGUUCUUCGUGGUGCAGAGAGAGUGGAGAUAA